AUGGAGAUUGAGGUGAGUCAGCUUCAGGGGGAGAAAACCCCCACCUUGCCCUCUUUCUCCUUCCCUGGCGGCCCACCUUACAAGCCCUUCUUUGAAACACUUCUCUUAGGAGAGGGACGGAGACAGAAAUCAUCUGUACAGACAAUUGGUGAAGAACAAAUACAGAAUCCUUACACGGAGCUCCUUGUGUUGAAAGGUCAUCAAGAUAUAGUACGAUUUCUAGUGCAAAUAGAUGAUUGCAGGUUUGCAUCUGCAGGAGAUGAUGGAAUCAUAUUUCUGUGGAAUGCUCAGACUGGAGAAAAACUUUUUGAACUUCAUGGACAUACACACAAAAUUACAGCUAUAGCACCGUUUUCUUCAUCAGAUGCUUUGGAAGAAAAAAAGCAUUUGAUUUUAACAGCAUCAGCUGAUAGAACAGUUAUUGUUUGGGACUGCAGUAAUGGCAGGCAGGUUCAAAAAGUGUCAUGUUUCCAUUCUACUGUAAAGUGUUUGACAGUUCUUCAAAGGCUGGAUGUAUGGUUGUCUGGAGGGAGUGAUCUAUGUGUUUGGAACCGCAAAUUAGAUCUCUUGUGUAAGACCAGUCAUCUUACUGAUGCAGGUAUCAAUGCUUUGGUUGAAUUGCCUAAAAAUUGUGUUGCGGCAGCUGUUGGCAAAGAGCUAAUCAUUUUUAGGUUGAUUGCUUCUAAUGGUGGGCCUGAAGGUUGGAAUGUCCUUGAAGUAAAACGCCUUGUUGACCACCAGGAUAACAUUCUGUCAUUAGUUAGUGUCAAUGACUUGACUUUUGUGACAGGUUCUCACGUGGGUGAGUUAAUAGUUUGGGAUGCACUUGACUGGACAAAGCAGGCAUCUGAGUGCAGCUUCUGGGAUUCCUCUGUCCAUCCAGAUGUACAGCCAGAAAUAAAGUUAUCCCAAAGCCCAAACGAAACUUCAGUUCAACACUUAACAUCUGAUGAUGAGUGUGUGUUUGCUGCUGUUGGGAAAGGCAUAUACGUAUAUAAUCUUCAAAUGAAGCGUGUGAUUGCCUGCCAGAGAACUGCUCACGACUCCUCUGUACUGCACAUUGAGAAGCUUCCAAACAGGCAGCUGAUCUCCUGUUCAGAAGAUGGCAGUGUGCGCAUUUGGGAGCUCCGAGAAAAGCAGCAGCUGCCAGCUGAACCGGUUCCAACAGGGUUUUUCAACAUGUGGGGAUUUGGAAGGGCAAACAAGCAGGCGAACCAAGCUGCUAAGAAGAUGCAGGAGAAUACGCCUAUGUAUUUCUUGGAGCUGGUUGGUGAUUUGAUUGGUCAUUCAUCAGCUGUGCAGAUGUUCCUGUACUUUGGUGAACUGGGACUGGCUACGUGCUCUGCUGACCACCUCAUUAUUUUGUGGAAGGAUGGUGAACGAGAAUCUAGGCUCCGCAGUUUAACACUAUUUCAAAAAUUGGCGCAAAAUGAUGAUUUGCAGCUCAAAUUUUAAAUUGCUAGAAUACAGGCUACAUAUGUAUAAACUGUAUGGGUGUUAAAUGUGAGUGUAAAGGAAAGUCCGAGCUAAUGGGAAUGUGACUACCAGUAAGGUUUACACUUAAUGUCAUGUAUUAUACUGGAAUUUUUAUUAGUUGCCACUACUUUUGUCAAAGGAGAAUUUUGUAUGUUGAAACUUACUUGGCGUACUCUGUCAGCAGAAAUGGUGUUCUCUUGAAAGACUGAAGGUAAUGAUGACUCAUUAAAUAGUUUCUAAUGUUAUUCCUAAUGUUUAAAAAUAUCAUGGAUGGAUGUCAAAAUUAAGAUUUGUAAAAAUCCUUAGAUGGAUCACGACUAAAUCAGUUGGGGGCAUUCCGCAAUGUUAUGUGCAGAAAGGAGGCACAGAAAAAAAAUCUGAGGCUUCCUGCUUUAUGUAACUUAUUUCUUGAAGCUAAAUUUUAGUCACUGAUGGCUCAGAUUAUGCAUCUACAAAAAACCCCCGAAAAAACAGUUCUCCUAGAAUUUUGGCAUUUGAAGUUACUAUCCUGCACCAAGGGUAAAAGCAAGAAAGAAAAGUAGGCAAUACUGGUUUGUCAGGUUUUAAUUUUUGGCAAACCAAGGUAUGUAGAUACUCCUUGCUGGCAGUAGUUGCAGUUUCACUGUGGGUUAACCUACACCACUGGAGUUUAUGCAGCACCAUUACCAUGUCUAGCAUGAGGUGUGACUGGUUUAGCUUAGUCUUUCCAUGGUGCAUUCAUCAAACUAAUUUGUAUCUAAUAAAAAGCACUGGCCUUACCAUGGAUUUUCAGAAUGUAGAAUGUUUCCUCAAGCAGUAGCAGUUGAUGGGUUCAGUACUAGCAAAACACUUCUGCCAGAUGAAUACCAAAUUCUCAGCUGAAGUUUGACUGCAGAGAAAUCUGCACCAAGUUUGUAAGGAUAAAUAGUAUUUUAGAGUUUAAAAAUAAAAAGCCUUUAAGUACACAAUGCCUUUUCCAAGUCUGAGGCAGGAGCAGUAAUCUGCAAGCUAAAUGGAAGUGGAAGAAAAAUCCCAAACUAAAACAAAAACCCCAAACCAAAGCAACAAAAACCAAAAGCAAGAAAAAAAAAAAGUUAAACCAAAAAGUAAAGUUAAACCCAGAACUGAUAUAAAGGAAGUGGGAGGGAGGACAAGAUAAUGAGUGGUAAGUUACCAUUUGAACAGAGGAGAGCUAGGGAAGGGGGGUGUUUUGGAACUUAGUGGUCGUAAAGCCAUGUAGAAGAUGGUGCCACUGUCCUCAGAUCUACUCAGAAGAUCCAGCACUUAAUCAGAUUAGGAGUAAGUCUCAUGCAACUUUUCAGUGCCAUCUCUUCCCUUUAAAUCAGUGAGAAUUGUUUUCAGUACAGGAGACUACAGGCUGUAAUUCCAGACUUAAGAUCCAGCAGCUGCAGUAAGUGCAAUUAAAACAAAGGACUGAGCAGAUCCUGACAAGUAGAGAAGCAAAAGGAGGUGGCUUCAGCUUCCUAGAAGUAACCAAGGAGCCUUUUAGACUUGCUUCCCCCAGCUCCCAUGGGUGCUUGCCUUCCCCUUACCACCCAGAAGCCAGGCUUUGCCUCUUUUGUGUGACCAUAAUCUUCCCUGGAAGGCAGGGCAGAGGGACAGUAAAAUUUCGAGCUGGUCUUUUUUUUCCCGCCACUUUAGUCAACUUGUACAACUAAUCUUAGUUGAGUGUAGAGCUCAAAAUGAUGUAUUUCAAAAACAUAGAUGGAGAAAUUGUUAAAUCACCCUCUCCUUUCAAAUCAGGAUGGAUAAGUCAGCAUUAAAUCUUGAGCUCAGGGUGGCUAUUCUAUAGACCAGCAUAGGAAAGGCGUUAGGAGUACAGGUGAUGAUAACAUGCCUUUGGGUAUAUGGUAUUAAACUUGGGGGAGGAAGGCAUGUUGAGCCUUUCUGCCUGUCAGUCUGCAUUUUUUCACCUUGGCUUCAUCAGCAAGUGUUGCAUUUUUGGCUACCCCAGUACAACGUAGGAAGGUCAGUUUCUUUUUGGCUCUUUUUCCUUGUUUCAAUUGAGAAAAAACUGUUUAGUUGUAUGUGUUUACCCAUUGCCACUAAAACUUUACCGCAAAAGCUUAUAAAACUUAGGGGUUUUUUUUUUGGAGAGGCUACUGCUAUCAUCAGUUAUAACUAGAAAGAAGGAAUAUCAUCGUUUUAUUAUGUCUCCUUCCUAUACCAUGAGAACAACUAUUUCAUUUUUAUGCGACUGCUUUUAAGUGAAUACCUGGAUACGGAAACAGACCUAUUAAACUGAACCAUUCUAGUCACAAAACUCUCCGUGCAUUUUACAAGGAUGUAAUUCAGCCUUAAAUAGUCCUACAUGCAUGUAUAAAUAUUUACAUCUGUCAAAAGUGCCGUUGUUCUCAGAUAUGCACCAUUGGUAAUAGAUCUCCCAAGGGUCUCUUCCUUUAAGGAUGGUUGAGUUGAAAGUAUUAAACUGAGUUCUUUCUUUUACAAAUGAACUUUGAGCUUAACAGUGAACACAGUAAGGCUAUACUAGCCCACUCCUGUUAAGUAAGAGUUUGUCACUUGCUAUUGGGAAGUGCAGUGAGCAGAAUUAGGGUGACUGGAUUAGAAAUUUUACUUCCACCUUUUGUCCUUUACAUUUCUUUUUCUAUCUUGCAGUAUUGCAGAAUUCUGUAACUUCACAUCAUGAAAGUAAGUAUCUUUAUCAGACCUACCCUUAAUACUUUUACAACUCUGAGGCAGCUGUUUUAUGUGUCUGUGCACUGACAAUAUCAUGAAACAAGCAGCUAUUAUUCAACUGGACAGGUUAAGAGUCUAGGAGAUCUGACAUAACUGGCAGAUGAUGAUUAAUCCAUGCUGAUUUCUUUUGCUUUUAAAGAAGAUGUAUCUCCACACAAAUUAUUUAUUUUCUUAGUCUCUUGACUGAGGGAAGAAACACAGGAUCUUGCAACAAAUACACUGAUUCCACACUAACGCCUUAACUUGUGAACCAGAACUGAGGCUGAACUUUAUUUCUUAGGUUCCUUCCACCAUUCACAUUUUCUUCUUUGUGACAGAAGUGUGACAAAAAAAAUGAAUUGAAAUGCUUUACAUGGAUGUGGUCUUACAGUGUUGCAGUAUUUAAUCAAUUAAUUUAAGAUGACAAAGCUUUGAGUAUUGUGAAAUUCUUUUCUCUAAUGCAAACUGCAGUGAGCGUUCAGUCAUCAGAAUAGUUAAGGUACAAUCACCAAGAGCACUAGUUCUAAAUAAAGGAAUGGUAAAAGCAACAACAGUAUAAAAAACAGAGGUUCAACUUCUCUGAAUAAAAAUUGAAGGAUGUUGCAAUAGAUAGUAAGAAAGAAUGAAUAAACAUACUUCACCAGAACACCAUUCUUGAAAUAUACACAAUGCAGCAUUUUAAUACACAGCAACCUGCCUUAGCUAUGACAAGAGUAAGGUUCUAUUACAAUUCUAACAAAAAUAUAGCUUAUAUACAUUUCUCUGCACAUACAUUUUUAUGAAUGUUUAUUUUUGUUUUCAAACUUGGUACAAAACGUACAAAAAAGGUUGGCACAUUAUGUAAGCUACCUGCAGUAAACAACAAUCAUUGUCACUUUUCUUCCACAGUAAUCUAAACUCUGUUUGGUUUUGGUUUGGUCCCCCCACCCUCACCGCUUCACCCAGUUCAAUUCUUGAUACAGCAUAGCAGAGGUAAAGAGUAUGUCUUGAGACCUUUCCUUUUACCGAGUAGUGAACUGCUACUUCAACUGCAGCCACAGCUUUGACACUCUCGCCUGCAGCCUGGAGUGCACAGUGUUAAAAAUCAGCAGUUCUGCUAGUAUUUAUUAACUGAAUAGUCUGAGAAUAGUCUAAAAUUUGAACUCAUGUUCAUGUUCUGCAUGUGAUUAAAAUGAGAUGUACAAAAAUACGCGUUUGUGCUUUGGAAGCUUUAGCAUAAAUUUCGUAUCUUAAAACUAAUGAAAAACUAGGUUUGAUUUCUAACUUAUUUACAUCUUUUGAAAUACUUUUUACAUCACAAAACAAACCAGCAUUUUAUUAGGAGUGAAAAAGCAGUACAAAUCAUAAUGCUGUUAUAAUUUAUAACCUGGAAACUUUUUUAAAAAGCAACAGGUUCAUCCUAGAAGUAAGUAGCACAAUAUAUGGACUUAUCAUAAAAUUUAGAUCAUUUUAAUAAAAUUGAUGACCAUGUGUACAAAUACCACUUCAUAUAUAUAAAAAAAAAAAAGUUGAUCAAGUGCUGCAGUGUUUUUUGUGUAAAAUUUGACAAAAUGUUGCAUGGUAACUUCUCUAAGAUGGCAGAGAAACAUGUGGAUGUCACCUGUUCUACAGAACAUGCUUAUUUUCCUCUAUUAUAUAACCAAUUUAAAGGGAAUUUGACUCCUACCAAGAUUUUACAUGGAAAAGAAAGAAGAGACAACAGGUGGUGUUCUGAGAGAUAGUCUCUGUAAUAAUAAGGUUGUUUUAAAUGGUGCAAGGCUUGUUUUUUACUAUAUCCAAUUUAUUAAGGUUUACUUGUUCUACUGUGCAUGUUCUCUUUAAAGCUGUGGUUCAGAGAGCUGAAGAACAUUGAAAGAAUUGGAGCAAAUUUAUGCUAGAUAAGUGGGACAUUUUUAUGCUUAUUUGUCAACCUGUUCUUAAUCUACUGGUGACUAGAUUACCCCUCUGUCUGAGAAACAGUUGUGUGAAGUGUUAGUGAAUACAGUUGUAUCAAUUACAGGAUUUGACGAAUGCAUAUUCAGUAUUAGAAAUUAAGUUCAGAACUAAAUUUUCUGCCACAAAAUGUUAUUUCUGAAGAGCACUUAUUCUUCUGUGGAUUAUGUAGCCUUUUGAAAACAUUUUUCUGUAGGAUUCAGAGAAGCUUAAAAGUGAUGAAUAAAAUACUUCCUUCUUGCCACACACUCUUUAAUUUCACUGGAAAGGAAACACCAUCCCUCUUGUAGCCAAGUCAGCAAGUGAUUCACAGUGAAACUGGUAGAUUGAGAGGUCUGUUUUUCUUGCCU